UCUUAAUGUAACAUGUGUGAGGUGCUGGGCACUAUCCAUCCAUCCAUCCAUCCAUCCAUCCAUCCAUCUAUCCAUCUAUCUAUCUAUCUAUCUAUCUAUCUAUCUAUCUAUCUAUCUAUCUAUCUAUCUAUCUAUCUAUCUAUCUAUCUAUCUAUCUCACUUUUGGAGCAUCCUGUAUCUAAAUCCCGUUCACUUGACAACUGUCUAAUUACUGGAAUCAUGGGAAUUUUGACGCUUAAAAACAGAUCACUAAAGUUGAAGAAAUCCUGCCGUAGCUGAAACAGAAUUUGAGAGGAAAUUCCAAAGUGCUGACCUACAUGAGAUGUCUGUGAAGCACGAGGCCACAAGUCACUAAAGCUGUGCGGCGUUUAGACCACAUGUCACCAAAAACACUGAAGUCUGCAAGCGUAUUAAAGUAAAUAUCAGGAGCAGUCUGAAUCUGCAGCUACAGUGGACGGACUAAAGACUAUUGUUUAUAAAGGACAGCUCCAUUUAGGCCAGUUGAACCAAGUGUCUACAUAUUUUUAAAAUGCAUAAGCAAGCACUACAUAAGCAAAUAAGCUAAAUACAUAUGAGAAGGUUGAAUAUCACAACCUGGCUCAUGGUUCAGGUAGGUGCUGCAGCUCAAUAAAGGAGGUGAGAAUCAGGUACUAAUCAGAGUUUGGGGAGGUCUUCUUUAUACCCUGUCCUGUAAAGAACAUUAUUUAAGUUCAUGCAUUCUGUGAUGAUGUUUGGUUGCUUCAUGCCUUUGUGUGCAAUAAUCCUGUAUACAUUUGAAUCUGAAGAUCACAGAUUAUUCUCAUCUACUUCUUCUCAAGUGUGUGGAGGCAUUUAGAAUAAUUCAGUGAAUAGUCAGAGAAAUGUUUUAGUUUUUAGGUCACACCAGGAACAUAUGGUCUGAUUCUUGACCUUUACAGCAAUAGAGGAAUCCUCUAAAUAUCAAAUGGACAGAAUCAUUAUAAUACAGGAAAAUUAGACUGCAACAAUGUUGUAGUCUAAUGCUACACUAAAUCUCCCCUGCUUAAAGUUUGCUGAUUAAACUUAAUGCUGGAGGGUGCAGCUUGUGUGCUACAUUUAGGUGUGCUUCUCUCAUCUUUGACAGGUAAAAUUCACAAUACUGCACAGGCAAAAGUAAAAUAUUCAAGUAAAAAUGACCAAAUAAAAAGUCAAAGUUGCAAAUUACCCCACUGUGGGAUUAAUAAAAGCCUCUUAUCUUAAAGAAUGUACGUAGAGAAGUUCAAUCUAUAGCAGUGCAUCAUAUUCUCCAAAUGAGUCAUAAGUUACAGCUGCCAGAUAAAUAUUCUGUCUAAAGCAUCGUAUAGUGAAGUAAAGACCUGGAAUAACUGAGUAAAUGCAGCUUUUUAGUCACAGUCCACCACUGCUGAUCUCAUUUUCACCCCAAUAUCAACCAAAUGUCAAUGUUUGUCAUGUUUGUCUGCAGAAAAAAAUGCAGAAGUAGCUGUCUGUCAGUGUCAAUAAUUUCUAACUCCACUCGUAAAAACUAAUGGUGCACUCAGUUUGGUUGAGUCCACACUUCUCCACGCCAGACUUUUAGGACCAAAACAUUUGGGAACAGAGGAGUCCCAGCAUCUGCUCCACUCCUCCCCUCCCAGCUGAGGCUACCGUGGCCGCUAUAAGAGACGCUCAGUGUCAUGAUGACUCCCACACCGGACCCUCCUAUGAGGAAGUGUCAAAACACAGCGGGGACUUCUGCUGGCUGAACCUCGGAGCUGCAGCCCUUUUUUACGCACGGCUCUCCAGCGCACGCAGCUGCUGUCUGCCCGAAAUAAACAACAGGACUGGUUUCUCCUGUGAGUGUUUUCCCCUUUUUUGCCUACCUAUGAUGGCUUUCGCUAUGCUGAGGCCGGUGUCCACGCAUCCGUUCUCCUACCCCGCGGACCUGACCUUGAUGUCGGACGACGAGGAGGGGAACCGCAGCGAGAGCGACGGCAGCACCGACCAGAGCUACGGCUGCUGCGGGGUCGCCGGGGAGAGUUACCGGCGGGAGUCCGGCGGCGUGGUGAUCCGCCAGCGCAACGCCGCCAACGCCAGGGAGAGACACCGGACCCAGAACGUGAACACGGCCUUCACGGCGCUGCGGACGCUCAUCCCCACGGAGCCGGUGGACAGAAAGCUCUCCAAGAUCGAGACGCUGCGCCUCGCGUCCAGCUACAUCUCCCACCUGGCCAACGUGCUGGUGGUCGGGGACGGCAGGGAGGACGGACAGCCGUGCCUGAGCGCAGUCUACAAGGAGGUGAAGGGCAGUGGAGACGGAAAACAGCCCCGGACUAUCUGCACAUUCUGCCUCAGCAACCAACGAAAAGGGGUUAAAUACAGACGAGACUGUGUGAAAAUGCACACAAGCAGACAAAUAAGCAGACGGUGAAGGCAUUUGAUGGGAUCUUCUCCUCGGAGCAGACGUCAGGGGGUAGAAUCCCUCCAGCGGUCAUUCCUUAAAGACUUGAAGCAUCUCAGCAGCACAGCAGUCUUAAAGAGCUUCUCUGACUUUCUGGGCGUUUGCCUGAUUGGUCAGUAAACCCGGUGUGAGAUGGGAGGAUUGGCAUAGAAACCAUUCCUGUGUCUCCAGCGGAUACAGUAGGUCCAGUGUUUGCUAUCAAAUGUCAUUAAGGGAUGUUUGAAUCACAUGACGAUGAAGCUCAGAUGGAAAUCAACACCGGCUCUGGACGACUGAUGGUUUUAUGAUUAUGCAGCACUUUGGAUGAUGGCAGUCACUUAUGAAUACUAAACAAUGACUUAAAUGUUCACAGAAGGUGUUCUCUUGAUGUCUCUUUACAUUAAAUUCGUCUCAUUUGUUGGUCGUAGCUUCCAGAGGUUUUGUUUAUCAUCGGUUUCAGGUCCGUGUGUGAGGAUGAUCAAAAAUGGCGGCUGGAUCUGGAGACACUUUGGCGCCCGUCAUCUUAUCGACAUUUAGGUUAGGCGCUGGUUGAGAUAAACUCCUUUGAAAAGCUCUUUAAGAUCAAAUAAGACAGUUUAUAAAUCCUCAACAUGUUUCUGGGGAGGCUUUGCUCACUAAGACACUCACACAGCUGAGCCUCUGCCGGAGUGAAAAGGACAAACUACUCCAACCUCCCUGAACUGGCGCUGAAUGCAGCAGGAUGCAUCAGUGGGACUCUACUUUGUUUGUUUUCUUCCAUUACAUGUUGCUCUCUACUUUGAAAUUAAAUUUAUUUUUACAUA